GGCUGUAACCCCCCAUCGGUCUUGGGGAGGAGGGCUGCAGAAACCCAGGCAACGUGGGCGCCGGUGUGCACACCCCCACCCCUCUUUUUCUGCACAAGACGCGCUCCUUUUUGGACUUUUGCAACUCAUUUUAAAGAUCUAACGAGAAAAACAUGCAGUUAGAGAACAUCCUUCCCAGCUCUAGCAUUAAUUUACCCAAGACUUUCUACAAUCUGUCCUCGUCGGACAGUGCCAACAACAGCCCCAUCAGGCCCGAGUACCAAGAAGUGGAGCGGACGGAUUCCGAGUCGAGCAGCGCGUCUAAGAAAUACCUGCAGGGAACCGGGCUGGGGGCCGGGCUGGGGGCCGGGGUGGGGACCGGGAUGCUGGGGGAGGGAGAAGGGGACACUUUCAGCAAGAAUGAUGGGAGAAAAGGCUCCCCGGUGCUGGGGGAGGACGAUCUGAGCAGCAAUCGGCGGUACAACAUAGACGAACUUGGCUCUGACAGAUACUUCAUCUCGUCGUCCCAUCAGGCGAGCUCCGACAUGGCCAGCCCGUGCUCGCUCUUCCCGUACGCGGGCCAGGCCGGCUCGGUGUACGGCGGCUCCGGCGGCUCCAGGUACCCGGCCUCGCUGCACUACGGCUCCGUGCUGCCGCCCGCGGGCUUCUCCUCGCCGGCCGCCGUGUGCAGCGGCCGGGGACAGUUCAGCACUGGCGGCGGGUACCAGUUCGGCCAGGGCCCCGGGUGCCUGUACCCCUCCUACCCCGGGACGGGCUCCGGCAUCGGCUCCAUGGCUCUGCCGGGGACGGCGCCCGGAGCCCGGGCGCAGGUCUACCUGUGCAACCGGCCCCUGUGGCUCAAGUUCCACCGGCACCAGACGGAGAUGAUCAUCACGAAGCAGGGCAGGCGGAUGUUCCCCUUCCUCAGUUUCAACAUCACUGGGCUCAACCUCACGGCCCAUUACAAUGUCUUUGUGGAAGUUGUUUUGGCUGACCCGAAUCACUGGCGCUUUCAGGGAGGAAAGUGGGUCACUUGUGGAAAAGCAGACAAUAAUAUGCAAGGUAACAAAAUGUAUGUUCAUCCUGAAUCUCCAAACACGGGUGCUCACUGGAUGAGGCAAGAAAUCUCUUUCGGCAAGCUGAAGCUGACCAAUAAUAAAGGAGCCAACAACAACAACACACAGAUGAUCGUCUUGCAGUCGCUUCAUAAAUACCAACCUCGAUUGCACAUCGUCGAGGUGACGGAAGAUGGAGUGGAGGAUAUGAGCAACGAGGCCAGAACUCAAACCUUCACCUUCCCAGAGAACCAGUUUAUCGCCGUCACAGCUUACCAGAACACAGAUAUUACGCAGCUGAAGAUUGACCACAACCCGUUUGCAAAGGGCUUCCGUGAUAACUAUGACUCGAUGUACACGGCCCCAGAGAGCGACAGGCUGACUCCGUCCCCGACAGACUCCCCCCGCUCCACCCAGAUUGUGCCCGGAGCCCGCUAUGCCAUGCAGCCUUUCUUUCAGGACCAGUUCGUGAACAACCUGCCUCAGAACCGCUUCUACACGAGCGAGCGGGCCGUCCCCCAGACCAACAGCCUCCUCUCCCCGCAGAGCGAGGACGCCGGCGCGGCCGCCGCCUCGGCCCAGCGCUGGUUCGUGCCCCAAGUCCAGCAGCCCAGCUCCAACAAGCUGGACCUCUCGUACGAGAAUGACUAUUCCGCCAGCAGCCUGCUGUCGUACGGCAUCAAGCCCCUUUCCCUGCAGACGUCCCACGCCCUCGGCUACUACCCGGACUCGGCCUUUGCCUCUAUGGCGGCGGGCUGGGGCACCCGGAGCUCCUACCAGCGUAAAAUGACCACGGGCCUGCCCUGGUCCCCCCGGCCCAGCCCCCCGGCCUUCCCCGAGGACCAGCUGGGCUCCACUAAAGAAAAGCUGCCCGAGGAGAACGCAGCGCCGCCCGCCUCAACCUGGAUCGAGACGUCCCACUCGCUGAAAUCGGUGGACUCUAUCGAUUCCGGCGUGUACGCCAUGGUGUGCAAGAGACGCAGGAUGUCCCCCGGGGGCUCCAGCACGGAGAACUCCCCCACCAUCAAGUGUGAAGACUUGACUACAGAGGACUACAACAAGGACAAUCCAAAAGGCAUGGGUUAUUAUGCAUUCUACACAAGCCCCUAAGACUGUAUUUAAGCACAAAAACAAAAGAAAAAAAGAUAAUUCUUUGGUUUAUCAUUGAGUGCUCUCCAUCCCUUGUUAAUGUUUUUUUUUUCUCUUUUUUCUCUAAAGGUGCCAAAGCUUAAUGUUUCCCCCAAGCAAGCUGCACAAGGUUAUUUUUCCAGGCUGUCACAUGAGCAGAAAAACAUGCAUAGUGAUUUGUUGUUUUUGAAAAAGCAUGUUUUACUUUAAUUCAAUUAUUUUUUACAGUAUAUUUUAAACAAAUGUGAUUUCUUCCCCCCCCCCAUCCCUCCCCUGCGUAUUU